AUGCCGAAUAUAACUAUGGGAUGUGCUCAAGGAACUGGUGGUCACAAUAUACGAGAUGUUUACCAAGACGGGCCAGGAUUUGCACCAAAUCAGUUUGUGAUAUUUGUGGAGGCUGCAAAUAAAGGAGCUUGUACCAGUGGGUCAACAUUGGCAUAUGCCGGUCCAUGUGAAAUGCAUCCAACAACUGAUAGACCAAUUAUGGGAGCAAUCAACUUCUGUCCAGCAAAAAUGGAAGUCGACGAACCUGGUAAAACGAUGUUAGUUGGAACAGCUAUUCAUGAAAUCGGACAUGCUUUGGGAUUUGUGAAAACUAGUUUCGCUUUAAUGCGUGAUGAAAAUGGGAAUCCAAGAACACCCAGGGACCCUAGAACAGGCAAGCCACGAAUGAAUCAAUUCAGACAUUAUGAACCAAGUGAAAAUACUGUCAGACGAAUCAGCCGUCCAUGGGUUUCGGCCAUAGGAACAUUCCGUAAAGCAUUCUUAUCCUUCGUCACACCCCGUCUACUGGAGGAAGGACGUAGACACUUCAACUGUCCAAAUCUCGAUGGAAUCGACAUCGAGAACGAAGGUGGUGAAGGGACAAUCGGUACACAUUUUGAAAAGAGGGUUGUUGGUGAUGAAAUCAUGGCAGGUGUAACAGGAGUGAAAGCAGUCACUUCACGACUGACAUUAGCUUUCUAUCAAGAUUCUGGCUUGAAUAAGACCAGAGUACAAAUGCACCACUUCUUAGUCGACGAAUAA